AUGCAGUCUCGCCAAAUAUUAUCUAUUAUUUUUACAUUGCAAUUCCUUGCAUUUGAUGCUUAUGAAUCAAUGAUCUGUGGCAAUCCACCCAAGGCCAUUACCGUGAACCAAUCAGGCAAAGGAGAUUUCAGAACAAUUCAAAAUGCCAUUGAUUUUGUUCCUGCAGGAAAUUCUCAAUGGAUUCACAUCAAAAUUUCUUCUGGUGUUUACAGAGAGCAAAUUGAAAUUCCCAUGAACAAAUCAUGUAUUUAUCUUGAAGGAGGUGGUAGCGGCUCGACAAGUAUCGAAUGGAGUACACAUGAAGGUGCUACUUUCUAUUCAAAUGCAAAUAAUACAGUAGCAAAGGGCAUUACUUUCAAGAAUAUAUUAAACCGCCCUGUAAUAUUAGAGGAGGAGAAAAACAAGAUUACACAAGCUGUGGCAGCUCGGGUCCAUGCAGACAAAUGUGCUUUCUUUAAUUGUGCUUUUCUAGGGGUGCAAGAUACCUUAUAUGAUGAAUAUGGUCGCCAUUACUACCAUAAUUGCUACAUUCAAGGUGGAGUUGAUUUCAUAUUCGGGAAUGGUCAAUCAAUUUUUGAGGCAAGUACAAUAUUUUUUUCAAUGGGGAAGUUUGGUCCCAAAAUGGAUGGAGUUAUCACAGCACAUGAAAGGGAUUCACCAAAUGAUCCAAGUGGGUUUGUGUUUAAAAAUUGUAUCAUAAACGGGACAGGAGGAAAAGCUGAACUUGGAAGAGCUAUGGCUGCUUAUUCUAGGGUCAUCAUAGCCAAUUCAUUCUUAACAAAUGUGGUUCGACCUGGGGGUUGGAGUUCUCGGAAAUAUGCAGGGCACGAGUAA